UCUUACUGGUGUGGCCUAGUGCACUUUGCUGCUACACGACCUGUAACUCGAGUACGUCCGCGAGGCCAUACUUCCACGAGGACCAUAGCGCUUAUUUCUUGUCCUCGGUGGAGACAGGGGAAUUCCCUAAGUGUACCUUACUGAAGACAUGCCCGCUGUUAAUAUACCCGCACCCAGUCGUGUCUAAUGUACUGGUGUACUAUCCGUUGAGGUCCUGGACACUUAGUCUGACACGACUAGGCAGCCGAAUAUGACGUCGCAAUAACUGCCGCGCUCGACAAAGCGGCGCGCUAUCGACAAACGUGAGCGAACGAUCGUCAUCAGAGGCCAGCAGCAGGAUACCUGGAUACACGCCAUACACGGAACACGGCAGGCGAGUUACGUAAACGCUUCUGCCGGCGCGGCAUGAGUGUCAAAGUCAAAGGAUAAUCAGAGAGGAGAUCCUCGUGUGAAGUGUAAGUGACAGAGGUAUAGUUCUUCAAAAUGGAUUCAUCUCCUGUAUUAUCAGAAGAUCCCACAGACUACAAUUUCCGUGAUGGACAACCACAAGACCAAUCAAAACCUGUGAUGCGUCGGAAACGUUUCCUUGGAUUAACUGUAGAGCCAGCAAUAUUUCUAGCAAUGAUGGGAUCAAAUAUGUCAGGAAUUCUUUUAACAAAUUUGUUAAUGAUUAAAACUUGUGAAUAUAUGAAGCUACCUAUCAAUUGCACUGAAAUGGAAUCACAGUCAGGGGGCCCUUAUGAAAAGCAGAUACAGCCAUACGUUGCCACCAUAGGAAUGUACAAGUUAAUAUUUGAAACAGUGCCACCAGCUGUCAUGUCAUUUUUCAUAGGCUCAUGGAGUGAUACCUACGGUCGAAAACCACUGAUGUUAGCACCACUAAUCGGAUAUUGUUUCAACUUCCUACUUCUCAUUCUUUUUACUUGGUUCAACCUAGCACCAAUGUAUGUCAUCCUAACAAGUACUCCUCUUGUCAUAUUUGGUAGUUCAAUGAUAUUUUUUACUGGGGCAUUUUGUUAUAUCACUGAUGUGUCUCCGAAAGAAGACUUGUCGUUUAGACUGGCAUUAGCAGAAGGUAUGUUGUACUUGGGUAUUUUAUGUGGGAACACAGCAGCACCGUAUCUAUUUAGCUUGUUUCCAUCUCAUGGAUAUGAAGCAGUAUUUGGCAUAAGCCUUGGGAUGUGUGUGUGUGCCUUUCUGUGCGUCCUGUUCUUCACACCAGAGAGUAUCAAAAAUGUGGAGGCAAGUCUUGGCCAGCGACUGAAGGCUCUAUUUGAUUACAAACAAGUUGCUGAUCUGUUUCGUGUCUGCUUUGGACAUCAUGAAGGUUAUUCUAGACCAAUACGUUUAAUCAUUGUAGCAGUCUCAAUGUUGAGUUUACUGGCAAUGGAAGGAACCUUAUCCACUGCUUUUCUAUUUGCUCGCAACAAAUUUUCAUGGGAUGUGAAACAGUUCUCAAUUUAUGUUGAUGCUGCAUUGUUAAUAAAUAUAGUUGGUGUGCUGUUGGGCACCGUAAUUUUUAGCAAGUGGGCAAAACUUCCUAAUGAACCUCUUUCCUGCUUUGGAUACUUUCUGAAAUGCUGUGGUUAUUUGAUUGGAGGUCUUGGAAAUGCUGGCUGGUAUCUCUACUUAAGCUCGGCUGUUGGUGGUUUUGGUGGAAUGACCAGCCCACUAAAUCGUGCUAUAAUGGCAGACACUAUCCCCAAAAAAGACAUUGGAAAGCUUUUUGCUAUUGUAUCAGCAUUUGUUACAGCUAUACCUAUUGUAGCAGCGCUGUCAUACACAUUUUUAUACAAUAACACAAUGAGCACAUUCCCAGGAGCAGUCUACCUGUUUUCUGCCGCUUUAUCAGCUGUUUCUUGCGUUGCACUUGGUGUGGUGGUUAUCAUGCGCAAAUUCUACAACCCACAUGCAUAUACGCUAGCUGAAGAAAAUGAUAAUCAUGACAAUAUUUAACUAGAAAUGAUAGUGAUUGAGUGAGAGGAGGUUAGAUGUUCCUUACAAACACAAAUAUCAACAUGACUGAAGAGAGUCACCCACGCUCAGAUACUGGGUUUAGGUAAAUUUAGCAAUCUAGAAGAAAUGUACCAUUAUCAUUCAAUUGCAAGAUUUGCUUAUGGAAUGAUAUGUUGUGUGUAAAGCAGUAUUAAGACAGAGUAACUCCAGGAUGAUUGGUUCCUCGUAUGUGAUGUGAUUAACUUAAAGCUGUGAUUAGUUUAACUACUUAGAGAUGUUGCUAAUAUCAUGCUAGAACCCUUGUUACACUUGACUUUGUAAUGUUAUGUACCGUUUCAUAAUCAAUGUGAUUUUUGCUAUUUUUUUAAUAUUUAUGUGAUCAGACCAAAACUUAAUUUUAGACUGUGACAAAAAAAAAGUCACAAUGCACGAUCAUUGAUUUUGAUUUUCCAGUGAAAUAGCAUUGAUGCUAUGUUGUGCUUUACCGUUCUACACUAUAUUUUAUAAAUCAACAGUUUUAUAACUUAAUACUUAAGUCUCUUUUUUUUUAUUGUGAAAAAUAUACAUCAAAAAACAAUUGAAUUGUUUAGAAGAUAUGUCCCUUUCAAAUAUAUUGAAUACAUUGCUCACAUUGCUCUUUAUACAUGAUUAAUAAAAUAAAAUCUGUUCUGUAAAAAAAACUCCCUAAAUAUUGUGCUAAAUAUAUGGCAAAGAAAGAAACCCUUGUGUCAAAACUUUUUGUUUAAAAAUUGAUGAUUGUGCGACACUUUACUAACACACAUGUAAACUCAUAGUCUGUAGAAUUUUUGGACAAAUAUACUGCUGGGAAUUAAAUAA